UUCCUCACUUUUCUCCAUCUUCUCUCUUCCUUCUCCGAAAUCUAGCUACAGGCGGAGUCGCUGCUUUUCCGACUUCCAAUCGAUCGCUCUCUUCUUUCCGACUACAACACGCACGCAUCGGAGGAGUAAUACAAAGAGACGAUAGAUCGCAAAACGGAGGAUCGUUAAAGCAUGGAUCAUGAUGGCUGAAUUUCGGAAGGAGAUGAACUAGGAGCAAUUUUGGAAGAUUUUGUGUUGUUGAACUUGGAAGCAAUGCGGGAGGAGCAAGUACAGAUGGCUGUGAUGUUUUUAUCACAUCCAAGUGUUAAAGGCUCUCCAAUUGAGUCCAGACGUUCCUUUCUUGAGAGGAAAGGCCUUACGAGCGAGGAGAUAAAUGAAGCCUUUCACCGCGUUCCAGAUGGAACUUCAAGUGUUACCUCUACUGGACAGGGUGUUAACUUGAAUCAAGGUGUUCAAUUGCAGCCACAAGGGAUGGUUCCUUUGUCAACCGCUUCUACUGGAGUUGCAUCCAUGCUUGCACUUUCUCAACGAUCCAGAUAUUCCUGGUCGCAUGUUUUGUUUGCGCUGGCAAUGCUUGGAGCUUCUGGUGCUGGGACUGUUUUACUCCUAAAGAAAUUUUUUUUACCCAGGUUGAAAUGUUGGAUUCGUAACAUUGUUUUUGAAGUAGAGGAUGACACAGAAAGAAAUUCAAAAGCAAGUUUAUGUAAGGAAUCAACAGAAGCUGCCAAGGUAGCCGCAGCUGCAGCCGUCAAUUCAGCAAGAGCAAGUCUUGAGAUAUUGAACUCAAGAAAAGACACUAGAUACUUUGAGGCCUUUAUAAGACAUUUGGACAUCCAAGCAACAGAACUGAGGUCAAUGAGUAGUGCACUUAGGAAACUAGAGGUAGCAAGGGAGGCUGCUCUUUUCUCAUACAAACAGCGAGAACAUCCUUCUCAGCUAGGAUCAGAAAAUGGACCAAAUAGCAAAUUGUUGGGAACCUCUGUUAAUGAUUGGAAAGACCCUGAGAGCUCCUAUUCGAGUUUAAUGAAAGAGGAAGUCAAACAAAAUGCAGUGUCUGCAUAUGACAGCUCAGCAAAGCCUUCAAUGUUGCCUGCCUCCAUGGAACCCUCUGGAGGUCAGCAUCCAAAGUCUUAUAUGGAGAUUUUGGCUAUGAUACAGAGAGGGGAGAAACCUCCUGGCAUCAAGGACAUUAAUGAUUCACCACCAAAUCCUGCUCAACCGCUUCCAAAUCCACGCCUGGCUCCUAGAAUGAAGCCUUGGGAGAUUCCUCAACCCCAGAACAGCUCUAGUUAUGCGCUGCCCCAAGACUCUUCUCAAUUAAAUAUAGAGAAUGCACUGCCAUGGUGGAAACGCAAUAAACUGUUAGAACAACAGAGGUUGAACCUGACGAUGGGAUGAUGAGAACAGUCUUGUAUGCUGCAAAAAUAGAUAAGCUGCUAGUUCAGUAAUCUUGGUUACCUCCCAACCACCACUUGUUGUUGUGUGCGGAAGCUGGUACUGCCAUCAGACACUAAAAAUCCCUCAUCCGUGUGAGACUGGUUGAUCAGUUAUGAGCCCUACUUGAGAUCAACAAAAUAUUGGAUUCUGGUGGUGGAACUAGUGUCGGUGGGGAAAAUUGAUUAAGCUGUGCAAAAUCCUAGGAGAAAAGGAAUAUGAUUCUAAAUAUCGUUGGGGUGGAUCCAGUAGGAAAGUUGAUCUUUGAAUGUAAAUUUCUAUGUACCUUGAUUGGAUUUAGAUGAAAUUGAAAUUUGUGCACACCCACACGCAAAAAAAUAUCAAUUAUGUAAACUUGUGGGAACUUGUUUAUGGAAUAGUAAUGUAAUAUUCUUCCAGUUCAAUCCCCCAAGUCACGGAUGUACAUUUCUUGAACUCAAGAAACUACUAUUAUCUAA